CAAUCAUACUUUCUUUCACUUUAACUAAUUGCACUAGUGCAGAAGUGCAGCUAAAACGAACAAACCCAUAAAUUGAGUUUUUAAUAUGUUACAAAAUUUUAUUUGAAUUGUGAGUGUGAAACGCGUAAAUAUUCUUGCUUUGAUUUAUUUUUACAUCUGUUAUACAAACAAGUUUUUGAUACUUAACCUCAAGUUAUUGUCAAAUUAUUCGAUAAUAAUUACAGAGCUGGUGAUGGGAGAGAAAAAUUGGAAAGAUUGGAAACCUUUUGUAUAUGGAGGUUUAGCUUCUAUUGUCGCUGAACUUUGUACUUUUCCUCUGGACACAACAAAAACACGCUUGCAAAUACAAGGUCAAAAAUAUGAUCCAAAAUUUGCACGUUUAAGAUAUUCUGGUAUGACAGAUGCUUUAUUACAAAUAUCCAAGCAAGAAGGAAUUAGAGGAUUAUAUUCGGGGAUUAGUUCUGCAAUCUUACGUCAAGCAACAUAUGGGACAAUAAAAUUUGGAACUUAUUAUUCUCUUAAAAAGGCUGUGAUUGACAUUUGGGCAAUGAAUGACUUAUUCAUGUUAAAUAUUGUUUGUGCAGCAUUAGCUGGAGCUAUUUCAAGUGCAAUUGCCAAUCCUACUGAUGUGGUAAAAGUUCGCAUGCAAGUUACUGGUGGUACUACAAACAUAUCAUUGUUUACUUGCUUCCAAGAUGUAUACAAACAUGAAGGUAUUCGUGGGCUUUGGAGGGGUGUUGGGCCGACUGCUCAACGAGCGGCCGUUAUCGCGGCUGUAGAGUUACCUAUAUAUGACUACACCAAGAAUAAAUGUAUGAGUGUAUUGGGAAACAGCAUUAGUAAUCAUUUCGUGUCGAGUUUUGCAGCUAGUAUGGGAAGUGCUGUAGCUUCAACGCCUAUAGAUGUUAUUCGCACUCGAUUGAUGAAUCAAAGGAGAGUACACGUCGAUAGCAAUAAGCUCUCAUCACACAUUUACAAUGGCAGUAUAGAUUGCUUGAUUCAGACGAUUAAAUAUGAAGGAAUUUUAGCACUAUACAAAGGUUUCAUCCCGACGUGGUUUAGAAUGGGGCCAUGGAAUAUUAUAUUUUUUAUUACUUACGAGCAGUUGAAAUGUUUGUGAUGUAUCAUCAAAUAUUUAUAUCGAAAUGUUUAGAAUUUUUCGUCAAACUAAGAUUUAAAAGAAUUUAAUGUAAACGUCAUUAUGUAUAACGUUUACUAUUUCAAUCGUAAUCUCAGUCGUAAUUUGUUAAACAUGAAAGUAAUGUAUUAAUUAUUUUAAUGUGAGUAUAAGAUAGGUAUAUACAUUUAUAUAAAGUACACAAAAACACAAAUUACCUUUCAAUCUUCCAUUGGUAUAAUAUUAUAAUUAAUAUAAUUUUAUAGAGAGAGAGAGAGAGAGAGAGAGAGAGAAACAGAUAUAUGGAAAGAAAGUUGGAAAUAUUUAAGAGCUUCCCAAAGUACAAGCUUCCAAAAUCUAUUUAAUUGAAUUAUGCAAACAAAAACUGUAUAAAAUUUAUUACAAAUUUAUUUUGUCAAUGUUCUUACAAGUAGGGUUAUUCUGCUUCAAUCUCGAAAUUUUUGUACGUAAUGUUUCAGGAUCCAUAAGAUAAUCUUCAGUGAUAGAUCUCACUUUAAGAGACUUAAGUUUUAUUUAAAAAUUCAUGUUCUUCAAUGUGUCUUUAAGGAGCUACAUGUCUCUAUUUAAGUUGCCCAGCUAAAAUUGGUUGCAGGAUAAUAUUGCGCAUGAUGUGUAACAAUAUUAGUCAAUAUUCUUUAAUUUUUACUUGUUUUAAAUUUUAUUCAAAAGACGUGGAAUAUUGUAAAGCGUAAUGCUGUUGCGCAAGCGAUUGCCUACCUUAUAGAUGAUGAGAACAUGUAGCUUCUAUAAAGAGUAUGACUUUGUUGACAAAAAUUGAUUCUCUUGGUGACAAUCUACCAAUCCCUUGAAAUUUGUCCUGAAAUCUUAUAUAUUCUUGUAAAUUCGAUUCUGUGUAUAUCAAAUUCUUAUUAAGUGUAUCAAUGAAUAUUGAUGAAUCCAAAUGUUAAGUGCUGCAUAUAGAAACAAAAAUUUAAGAUUUAUCGUAAUGUUUUUUUAUAAUACUAGUCAAUAUUAUUUAUCAUGAAUACAUGUUGAAUCAAUUUACUUUCAAUACUUUUCCACAGCAUUUAUUGUUAUACUUCUAGUACAUAUGCUAGUCAUUCUAAGAGAUUCUUA